CGUGGCUAGUGGAGCCCUGGUCACGUGACACUAAACCUGCUCUUCCGGUUUGUGUGGCGCUGAAUGGAUGUGUUAGUUGCUUGAGAUUUACGGUUUGUCGUGGAAGACAACGACUACGCCUGGGUUAUGGAGUUUCCUCAGCAUUCCCAGCAGCUGCUGUCAGCUCUGCACUCCCAGCGUCAGCGCGGCUUCCUUUGCGACUGCACCGUCCUGGUGGGCUCAUCCCGUUUCCUGGCUCAUCGAGCUGUUCUGGCCUCCUGUUCGCCUUUUUUCCACAUGUUUUACUCGGAUUCACUCCGCAGCGCUGGCGCAAAUGCUUCCAGCAGCUCUGUCACACUUGACAGCGAUAUUGUCACGGCGGCCGCGUUCAGCCUGCUCCUUGACUUUGUUUAUGAAGGGGUGCUGCAGAUGGAGAAGUCGCCACCACUGGAAGAUGUAUUGGCAGCGGCGAGCUUCCUUCACAUGAACGAGGUGGUGAGGGUAUGUAAAAGAAGACUGCAGAGCCGAGGGCCCUUGGCUGAGGCAGAUAGCACUCGCUCUGAGGAGAACACCGGGGCCAGGAAAGUAACAGAGACAAGGAGGCAGGAUUGCGGGGAUUCUGGCCCUGAGCCUGUGGUAACCAUGGCAGCAGAUCACUUGAUUCCCAUUGCCAUGACAACAACCGUCUCAUCCGUUCCCCUCAUGGCAGGACAGCGUAUGUCGGAGUCUGUCAAGUCUGAGUACAUGAUUGAUGCGGGCUCACCAGAGGUACGAGCUCAGACUCCCCUGAGUCCUGAUCUCGCUGACACCACGCAGCCUGGCAUGGGUGGCCCUCGUCUGCUACCCUAUGGAGAGCUGGCGCAGGGACCUGCUCUGGGUUAUUCUACGCAGGCGUCGGGAGGCCCCAACAGGUUGCGAACUGGCAGCAAGGGGGAAGGCUCAUCUCUAUCCAGCCCAUGCAGUACCACUGAGACAUACAGCAGCAACCAGCAGCCUUCCUCAUCUUCCCUUGUCUUGGACAUCGAGGCUGGCUGUCCGGCAGUGAUUGCUCCUCCCUCAUCCGAAUCCAACAACUCACCAGAUCUUCAGCGGGCUCAUGAGAAAGAAGCUCAAACGGAACCUUGCAUGUGUGAUGAUGACCGAGGUACGGCCAUGGUGGCACGAAGAGAAAACGAGUCGUCACUUCCUUACUCACGUCCCCAAAUUCAAAUCCAGAGCGCCGUCUCAUUGCAACGUGGUGGCCAGCAGCCCCACCUCUCGGCGCCUCAGACUCUUGAAAACUUAGCUGCCAUCGAAAUGGAGUCUGGUGGAAGAGCAUUUCCCCCUAUAAUCUUAGGAACUGAGGACAAUAAUGGUGACAAUGCACAAGUCAAAGUGGAGGCCAUUGUUAUUUCUGAUGAGGAGCAGGAGGAGGAAAAAGAGAACUGGAAAGAAAGCGAGCAGGUGAUGGACGACGACUUUGACAUUCCGGAUGAGGAGCUGAACACACACUCCUCCCGCCAAAUGACGUCCGACUACAGCUCCCCUCACUCCCCUUCGUCGUCUUCUUCGCUGGUCGCUUCAUUACUCCCUCCACCGUCCACGACACAGCAACACUCGGGCCACUCUGCCUUUUUAACAGACUUUCAGGACACCAUGGGGGGCAUUGUGGAGGAUGUCCCGACGUGCUGCGUCUGUGGCAAAACCUUCUCCUGCACAUACACGCUAAGGCGUCACGCUAUCGUGCACACAAGGGAGCGCCCCUACGAGUGCCGCUUCUGCUACCGUAGUUACACCCAGUCCGGAGAUCUCUAUCGACACAUUCGCAAGGCUCACGACCAAACACUGCCACCCAAACGCAGCAAGACUGAUAUGGAGCACAUGCCAAUGCCACAACCGCCAUCACCCCCGCUGAGCUAGCAGGCACUUGUUGAGUUUUUAUACCACUUGUACUAUAAACUGUCCUGGGGAGCUGGAGUCUAUCCCAGCUGACAUGGAGUGAGAGGCAGGGUAAAACCCGUCACUAGUCACCAGUCAAGCACAGGGCACAUUUAGAGACAGACAACCUUUCACACUCAUUUGCACCGUCCCUGAGUGGGAACUGAACUGUGUUAGGUUCGGCUUACAUACUGGACAGACAAAUUAAAUAUGAAUUGAUACGAAAGACAGGUGCUUGGAAUAACAACCAACAUCUCCAUGCAGAAGAACCCGUUACUGCUUAGAUCUUACACGGAACCCUCGAACUCGCAGGCACAGGACCUGAGUUCAAAGGAAAUAUCACCGAGGUGGGUAAGGAAUUUUUUUUUCUACCGACCAACUUAAAAUAAGCGGAGUUUUUUUUUUACCCCCCAAAAUUGGUUACAUCUUUUUUAUGUGAAAUUUGCCCUCAACUACAUUGUGAUGUUGUUUAUAAUUUGAUUAUUUGUUCAGCCCUUCUCCAAAUUAGUAACCAAGUCAAAUAAACCCCGAAAUCCAUUUUGUGUCUAAGAUCUGAUUGGAGUAACCACGGGCAAAAAAAUAAAUAAAAAAGAAGGCAAUAGCCUGGGGCUGCAAGAAAUCAAGCUGUCAGUAUCAGUGAAGGACGAUGAAGUGGAGAGUGACUUGAGUGACACUUCUCAUCACAAAGAUGUGAAUUUUAAAGUGGUCAAUAUUAUAAACUAUAUUAAAUAUUGAUUCAUUUUCUUAAUCUCACCAGUUAUAGUAAACACAUUGAGAGGAUUCACUUUUUAGAUAUUAAUCCCAAAAGGGAUGUAAGGGACGAUCAAACUCAGGAAAUUGCAGAAUUUUCUCAAAAUCAGUUUUUAGUUGCGGAUGUAAAAUAUUCCAAAUCUUUGCAGUACAUGGAUGUGGAGAAGCCCUAAUUGACUAACUUUGCUCCUAUCUUAACAGAACUAAAAUUUAGAGUGCAAUUUCAAAAAACAAAUGUUUUUGUUGCGGCCAGGGUUAAGAUAAAUUUCACUCCUUGGAUUGGAUCUUAUAUGUCCAUGCAGGGGUUCCUAAUAAAAUGUCCAGUCCAUAUAUACACAGGUGCUAUGAAUUUGGUUGGAUAGUUUCUGAAUUGCUUUCUAAAAAUGGGACCCAAAAUGCACGUAUAAAAAAAGUACUAGAUCGACAGGCGUGUUUAACUCAACUCACCUAACUCACUAAAUAUCAUAGAAAAGCUCAUUUAUUACAGCGCAAUUCAAAAUGCAAAUCUUGACAUAACAGAAAGAUCCAUUUCCAUGUAUUAUACAGUACUAGCUGGUUCGCCGCCCUCCGGGCGGCUCAUCAGCUAGUUCCUGCGGAAGGCUGGUAAGGUGGGCCUUCGGCCCACAAAAGUGUUGUUGCUUGAUUCAACUUUUUGUUCAUCUUCAUUGCUUAUCGCAAAAAUAAAGAGAUGUUUAGCUCUACUAAAUAACUAACAAUUUUAUUGCAAUGUUUGUGGGUAGACAACAUUUUUUCGCUAAGAUGCCCGCGCGAUCGUAGUGAGCCACUGCCUGAGCGGCGCAGUGGCGGCGCGGUGAAGUAGGUACGUUUUGAAAAGGGACAGACGGAAGGACAGACCGCGUGCGGGACGACGCGCAAUAUAUAUAUAUAUAUAGAUGUAUGAAGAGAAAUUUAUAAUCAUGAAAUAGUUCAGUGUGUACUUAAGUGAAAUGAACUACUAAAAUGAAGUGAGUUUUCCACCACAUUCCGAUGGAUCGAAAUGCACCUGAAUAUGUAAUUCACUCUCACCAAGUGGCUCAGUGCACCAGAAGCCUUAUACAUAUAGCAUUGUCGUAUUGCUCUGUACAUUUUUAAGUUUGUGACUGUGCAUAAUUUUGUUGCGUUACAAACAAUUGUGCUAUGGUCUGUUUAGAUAAUUCUGCCAUAAAUUAUUGAAGGGAAAUAAAUCAUGUACCAUGCACAAGGUAUGACAUAUUUAUAUUUCAACCGCAAAUAUAAAGUAAAUGGCUUCACGAUUCCAAAUAGAGAUGUGUGUAUCUCCUCCUACUGUGACUUGCUUUGAAUUGUGUCUUGUUUUAACCUUCUCUCAGGUUCAUCAAUCCCCAAAAUGUCAUGCUGGUAGUUUUAGGUAGGUGAAUUUAGUAAUUCAUUGUGCUGUUGAAUUUUUACGAGUUUGGAAUGAACGGUGUCCUUAAUUUUCUAAGUAAAUUGGCAAAUGAGUGCAAGAUUCCAGCUAAGCAGCUAAAUAUGACAAAGUCAAAAUGUCAACAUGGAAGCAUUUAAGACAAAAAGGUAAUUUUAUUUAUUUUUUGAUGUGACAAGUGUCUGCCAAUGGCCUGAAGUUUGUACCGGUCUUGUUGGCCCUCUGGACAUGUUGAAAAUUAAUACCAAAUAAAUAUACGAACUUUA